UCAGUGUAAUGUUCAUCAGUCCAAAUACACAAUGUGUUACGUGUUGAACAGCUUUGGUGUGUUUUCUUGCACAUCUCGUUGUGUGUCCUCAUAUAGCAGGUCAGCGCAGUUUCGGAUUUUCUCCAACAGGCCCAGUAAACCUCUGAAUGUCUCUGCAUGUUUAGAGGUGCGCUGAUGUGGAAAUGUGGAGUUUCCAUGUAUUGAUGAGGAAGCUUGGCAUGAAGGGAACCUGUCCAUAAGAGACACAGAAACACAGAGCACUGCUGAGCGCCUGCUUCUUUCACUUCAUCAUCAUGAUCAUCAACAGCCAGGGUCUCUUUGAUGGCAGCACAUGUAUUGUCAUGUUUUCUCUAAGAUUAUUCCUGACCUCGGCUUUGCCUCUAAAGGACAGUUGUGUGCUCGUGGGCCCAGAGAUGCCAGACUAUCGAGUUCAAGGCGAAGCGGUCAUCAUUGGAUUUCCUUUUCUUGAAGAUGCUGUGAAUUACAGGGGAUUGCGAGUGGACAACAGCUCAACCUUCCACAUUCGUCACAGCGGCAUGAGGAGCAAGAGCCUUGAGAGGGCAGUGAGCGGCCGAGAUGGGGUGAUGCUGACUGAGCGCAGGAUCCUGCUCCUCCCGUCUCACCCGUCAGACUCCGGAACCUACACCUACACCUUCAGGAGUGACACGUUCUGCCUUACUGGGAGUAUCACAGUAAUGAUCUUUGAGACAGAGGUGCCAAACAUGACUGUAAUGCCCUACACAGCACACGCGGGAGAAGACACCGAGAUCAUCUGUCCCCAUCUGAGAUACUUCCAGAGGUCAGAAAACCCAAAGUGGUACAAGGAUUUUCAGAGCACAGCUCUCCCUAUUGGCAAAGGGCGAUAUACAAUUGAAAGAGGCAUAAUUCUGUCCAUCAGAAACAUGUCUGUGAAAGAUGAGGGCUUCUACACCUGUAGGCUGAGUGUGAUUUUCAACAAUACCCAGUAUAAUGUGAGCAGGACCUGGAGAGUUCAAGUGUCAGUCCCUGGAUCAGAUGGUGCGGUCACCUCUAAUAGUCUCAGUGCUUUCACAUCACCAAGUCAUUCAUUGCCUUACAUUGUCUUUCCUGCAAACGGAUCCUUCACUGAAAGUCAUUUAGGCGCACGUUUGGUGAUCCAGUGCAUGGUGUCUGUUGGAAACCAAUUGACUCAGUCCACAGAUGUGACAUGGAUGGUUAAUGAACAGCCACUUGAAAACUCUUACCUGGGUCAACGUGCAUUUCAGACUGAAAAGAGUAUCUCAGGCGAGCAUCUGGAGGUGCAGCUGAUUAUCCUUGAGCUCCUAGAAGAGGACCACGGGACAGAACUGAAGUGCAUAUGUCAAAACAAAGACCAGAAACAGGAGGUUGUCACUCAAAUCAAGUUGGAAGACUCGGAGUCUGUGUGGCUGGUGAUAGCAGCUGCUUCCUCCUGUUUUACUCUACUGCUGUGUGUUUUUGCAUAUCAUUUGUGCAAGAGGCCACAGAAACGAAGGAACUAUGUUCUGGCUCGACAGAACAGCGCCAUUUGAAGAUGGCUUCCACUUCUUCAACAAUGCAGCUAUCCUCAUCCUGUUUCCAUAACUUUAAUCUUUUUUUUACUUUGUAACUUUUUUAUCCCUUUUUAAUUUUUAUUUUGAACCACAGCAUUGCAUGAAAUACACUGUCACAAUUUAUCAUGUAAGUCCAUAUAAUUCCAACAACAUUAACAUUAAGUUGGUCUUAAUUAUAUCCUACAUGUUAUACAAAAAUGAAAAUAUUAAAAACACCUAGUAAUACCAAAAUUGAACAGAAAGAAAUAAAAAUAAAUGAAUGGGAUAAAACAAAUAAGAUUAAUAGAAAAGGGUGACCAUGCUCUUUAUUAUAUAGCUCAUUAUUGUAAAAUCAACCCACCUCUUUAAUCUUUUUUUGAAGUCGUAAUGCAUAUGUGAUUUGUUCCAUUUCAUACAGUUCCCACACUUUUUGAAUCCAGGCAUCAUAUGAUGGAAGGUCAGGUGUUUGAGCAUCCACAUGUAAUACACUUACUGGUUGCGGCAAGUAGAAUUUGUAGUAAGAAUAUUUUAGAUCUACCCUCAAGGCCGUCUGGGCAUACACCCAGAAGCACAACUAAGGGAUCUUCAGGGAUUUCAUUAUGAAAGAUUUUUUUAAGAGCCUCAAAUACCUCUUUCCAAUAGGUUCUUAAUUUUGGAUGUGACUACAAAAUAUACAUACUGACAAACUCUGACAGAUUCUCCAACCCUUGUAUGAGCAGAAUGAAUUCCAUUUUGCAAUUAUCUGUGAGGUUCAAAGACUAUAGUUAUAAUUUUCCUUUUGAUUAAAGUUGGUCACAAGAUGUAUUUCACUGCAGACUUCCUCCUGUUGCAAAACGUCAGACUGAGAGGAAUCCAUUUGCAGCAGUUUAUUGGUUACAAACCAAAAUACAGAGUUGAAAACCAGCGAACAGGAAUAUCAAUGGCAGAGACAGAGUCAAACAACAGGCAGAGAUAGGGGCAGGCGGCAAACAGUUAGAGUCAGAAUAGUUCAAGGUCAGUGCAGGAAGAGAACAACUGAGAAACUCUAAGACAACAGAGAUACUAAAUGAUGUUUGUAUAGUUCUCCAAAUUUUUACCAUUACUUUAGCCCAUUCUUCCAUACAAAGGCUUUUUUCAGUGUUGACUCAGUAUGUAUGUGUGAGUUCUCUGAUCCAUGAGAUCGGGGACUCAGUUGGGUGGCAGAAGUAAAAAAAAUUGAAAUUUGGAAGUCCUAGUCCACCAUUUGUCUUGGAUGAUUGUAUUAUUUUAAGUUUAAUACUUGUUUUCCCUAACAAUUUUAUUCUAAUAAUUUUAUUCAGCAAAUCAAAUGUAGAUUUUGGAACGUCUAUGCUAACAUCUGGAACAAAUAUAAAUUUAAUUUUGGCAAAUCUACUAAUCAUACUAAUAGAUUCAAUGUGGCCAAUUAGAGAAAGAACCAACUAAUAAUCUAGAUCUUCACUAAUAUGUUUAAUUACUUUUUUAUAAUUUGUACUGUAUAAUUGGUCCAAUGAGGAAUGAAUAAAUAUACCCAAGAUCUUA